UACCAAACCUCGGUGGAGGUGGACACGGCCAUCAGCGACGCGCUGGUGCCCUAUUACACGGCCGCGCAGGUGGACGCGGAGAUCGCGGCCAACGGCUUCAACGGCCGAUUACUUCACCCGAACCCAGAGCGACUCCAGGUCUUCACCCUGGUCCGCGACAGCGUCUCCAUUCCAAGGCAAAUCAGGGGCAUCCUGUCCAGGGCGUUUCUGGCCUGGAGCUACCUGUUCUCCGGCACCAUCACCGAGCUCCGCUGCGACGCCUACUCCAAGGCGGAGGCGGACGGGCGCUACCUGAGCAGCACCGGCUACACGACCGCCCUGGACGGGCGCUACCUGGUGACCAACGCCAACGCGGGCUCCAGCGAGGUUUUCACCGUAAUCAGGGACCCCAGCGCCGCGCCCAGGCAGCUGAGGGGCAUCCUCCCAAGGGCGCCCCUGGGCUGGAGCCACAUCCUCAGCGGAACGGUCACGGAGCUCACCUGCGACGCUUGGUCGAAGACGGAGGCGGACGGGCGCUACGCCACCGCUGGGGCCAUUUCGGCUGUGGACGCCAGGGUCACGGCCCUGGAGAACUCCGGCGGGGUGCCCGCAGACAUCUCUUGCACCAGCCUCACGGCCAGCAGCGCGGUGAACACGCUGAACUUCACCGCCACGGGGAACACCACGGGAGUGGACGCCCUAUUCAGCCAGGACGUGCAGACGAUCGGCGACGACCUUCUGACCAUCAACGGCGGAGUCAACGGGGUCACCGUGCUGGGCGCCGGGCUGGUCGUGGCGGGU